AUGCAACUUCCAUCUGAGGUUUCCUCUCCCUCUCUCCUAGAGUGUGAGGAAGGACGGUUUGGAGAGAACUGCAGUCAGACCUGCAGCUGUACGAGUGGGGGGAGGUGUGACGGAGAGACAGGAAGAUGUGUGUGUCUGCAUGGAUGGACGGGAGACCUCUGUCAGUCAGCCUGUUCUAAGGGAUUCUUUGGAGAGCGCUGUGAGCAGAGGUGUGACUGCGUCCAUAGUCCGAGUUGCCACCAUGUGACGGGCCUCUGUGAGUGCGAGCCAGGCUGGAGGGGGGCCAGGUGUGACAAACACUGCCUCCCGGGGUCCCACGGUGCUUCCUGUGCCCAGCCGUGUGACUGCCAGGCCGGGGUGUCCUGCCACCAUGAGACGGGGAGCUGUGGGUGUCCCGCCGGACUCAUGGGGCCCGGCUGCGAGACACCCUGUCCUGCUGGCGUGUUCGGGAUGAACUGCAGUCAGCUGUGCCGGUGUUCAGGAGACCAGGAGCAGUGCCAUCCUGUGACGGGGAAAUGCAGCUGCUUACCCGGAUACUACGGGGCCCGCUGCGAGCUACGAUGUCGAGCAGGUACUUUUGGGCCUAACUGCAAGUCCAGAUGCAGCUGCACCAGUGGCGGUCGCUGUGACUUCCGGACUGGGACCUGCUACUGCCCGGCUGGCUUCAUUGGAGCCGACUGCAGCUUACUGUGCCCGGACGGCUUUUACGGUCUUGACUGUGGCCAGAUGUGUGAGUGCAGGAACGGUGCCCGCUGCCACCACAUCACAGGAGGCUGCCUGUGCACCGCCGGCUGGGCAGGACCACACUGCAUUCUGGCGUGUCCGGAGGGUACUUUUGGGGAGCGGUGCAGUCACACCUGUGAGUGUGAGCGGGGGUCCAGGUGUGACCACGUCAGCGGGGGGUGCAGCUGUGCGGCCGGCAUGACCGGAGUCCGCUGCCAACUGCGUGAGUUUCAUCCUCAGCUGAUCAUCGCUCAGCGGUGUAUCACUCAGCUGAUCAUCACCCAUCUGUGUAUCACUCAGCUGUGUAUCACUCAGCAUGACACAGCAUCUCAGAAAUAUGGACAGCUGUCUUCUUAA